AUGCGAGGACCAUUUGGUGAGCCAGCGCGCGAGAUUGCGAGGGCAGCCGACACCCUUGCACCAACGCAGGGCCGUGACACGCGACGCGGCAGCACAGGCUUUAUCCGCAAAAUCCGCUUUAGCGAGCCAAACGCUAUGCAUGACAGCAGGCGAGUAAGUACUAUGACCACAUCAUCCGGGGAUGCAGCGCCGCUCUCUGUGGAGGCGCGUGUGGCAGCUGUGCGCCAGCGCCGCCUGGCGCGAGAGGCGCGAGCAUUCGGCGCGGCGGUAGUGGCAGUGAGUGCAUCUGCUAAGACUACGAGUUUGCCCCAUAGGCUCACCGAACGGGAAAGGAAUAACGUGACACCUCCCUGUCAGCCGCACACCAUGCCCUCGUUGCCGCUACAACCUAUUCCACUCGCGUCGAUGUUCACCAUGACCUCUCCACCAGAGACCUCUCCGCUGGCAGUCAGGUCUUCUGUUGCGCAGUUUGCCUUGGAAUCCAGCUCCGCUAAAGGGGUAAGCAAGGUCGUCGAGGCUGUUGGUGUCGACACGCGUAGGCCACCACGCACAGCAAGCUACGCAGCUUCGUCCACGGAAACGAGCGAUCGCACAACGUAUUAUUCAAACGGCUCGAGCAGCGCCGCCACGACUGAGCGACCUGCGCCGGAUGGCAGGAUUGCGGCGCUGCAUCGCUUUCCCUCUUCGACGUCCUCCGCCUUUACAGCCGCAUUUUCAGAGUCGGUGUCAUCCAAGAACUCCUUCACUGUUGUCUCUGUAUGCGACAGCUCGCCAUCGAACCCGAUCGGGCACGCACCGAUGAAUGCUAAGAGUGACUCUACGCAGCGAGGUCGAGGGCAGUGUGCUGAGGCUGAAAUGCCAUCACCUCCCUACCGCCUGAUCGAUGAUACCCGGACAGCCCGCCGGCUCUUCUCUACCGACACGGAAUCUUCUACGUAUGUCACGCCGCGUGGUACCGUGGUGGACACUAUCCGCAUUACAAAUCCUGAAAGCAAUAAGGGGCGGCAUUUUUUCCCUACCUUCUCCGUGCAACGGCAGCUUAGGGCGACCGUCGAGGAAGACUCUGGGCGUUGCACCUCUAUUGCCUCGACUCCAGAGACGAUUGCAUCGCCAUCAUUGAUGAAAAUGCAGACUGUUUCGCCGAAGAAAACAAUUUCCUCGACCGGACCAAGCACUUCUUCUCGUGGCAUCGAUAAGCGUACCGAUAUCGACGCAUCACACCUAUGCUCCACAGACGUUGUCUCUCUUUCACGGGCUGUCCCCUCCCUUCGCUCCUUCGCGCCGUUUUCCCGCUCCAGCACCACUCGGUCACAGGGGAGCUGCGCGUCCCCGCAGCCCCUCUCCGAAGACGAGUCGUGGCCGAUCUCUCGGGACUCCAUCGAAGCUGGUGUGUGUCUUCGCCGAGACAGCCCACACACAAGACGCGCGCAGAGCACGUAUCGCGAGGGGUCACUCUCGGGGCGCGUGGCCUCUGCCUUAAGUGCCUUGCCACCUGGUAUUCGUAAUGGACGGCUACGCUCCGCGUCUGCAGGCCGUGACACGACAUUCAGAUCAGCCUUUUCCGCGAAGAUGCCCAGCUUUUCGUCAUUUGGGCACCGUAUGGCACCUUCAGUGGCGAACCGCGCGGCGCCGUCGUCAUGUCAUACCAGAACAUCUUUACUUCUCAGCAGUGCCGUUUACCCCGUCUUCCUCGCCACAACAACCCGCUCGAGGUACAAUCUGCUCGAUGACACCACCGCGACGUCGGCAACAGAGUCUGCCGAGCGCGACAUCAUCACGGAGGAGCUGGCGAUGCAGCGUCGGCUGAGCCGCUUGAAGUUGGAGUUAGCGCAACAACGGGUGGAGUGGCGGAGACGUGGUGGGCACACUAGUUCCCUGUGA